CUUACUGACUCAAUUAAGUCGACUGUAAGGACAUCGUCCGACACCAGUUUUGAUCCGCCCAGAAAACGUCCUUUUCCAUCCUGUCUACCUAGGUGAUAGUAGCUACUUCUGCGUCUUUCUCAGCAUCUUCUUUGGUCGCACGGUACGGUAUAUCUUCCUAAUGAUGGACCCGGACCAUUUGCAGAUCUUGCAGCGCUAUUCAAGCUGUGAUGUCGCCGAUGCUCUCCUUGACCUUGGCGUGCCUGAAGGCGGAUUUCUCCCAGGCCUUGUCAUGUGGUCGCCACGACAGCAGGACGGCCACACCCGCAUCGCAGGGCCUGUAUGGACGGUGGAAUACGUCCGUGUGGGAAAGGAGAAGCAGGCAGCCACGGACCAACAACCAUUGACCCCGGCCGGGCAUUAUGUGGACUCGGCCCCAUCCGGAUCAAUCAUCUUCGUCUCGUGCCCGGAAGACACGCUGAGUGCUUGCUGGGGCGGUUUGGUGACCAAGCGCGCCAAAAGAUUGGGCGUCAUCGGCACUGUCGUUGAUGGUCGAAUGCGAGACCUGGACGAAGCUCGACAUUUGGAUUACCCGGUCUUCGCUCGCCAGGUCGCUGUUGCUCGUCCAACGGACGAUCUAAAAGUGCACAAGGUCAAUCAACCAGUCAUUUUCCACGAUGGACACGGGGCCCGCACCAUUCAGCCAGGAGACGUAAUUGUGGCCGAUCUGAAUGGGACGGUAUUGCUGCCAGCUCAGCUUCUAAGGGCAACCAUCCAGCGAUUGAAGAAGCUGUCGGAUGUCGAAGAAGUGAAGAUGCGGCUCCUUGAUCAGGGAAUAUCGCUUACCGAGGCGUCAGCCAACGCCUCUACCCAGGUGGCUUGA